CUGCCAGAAUGCCAGAAGAAAAUUCUCCACGGUCGACUCCCCAGAAAAUCCCAUAUCAGGACCUUCCUCACUUGGUCAAUGCUGAUGGGCAGUAUCUUUUCUGCAGGUACUGGAAGCCAGCUGCUACUCCAAGGGGCUUGGUGUUUGUUGUCCAUGGUGCUGGAGAACACUGCUGUCGCUAUGAUGACUUGGCCAAAAUGCUGACAGGAAUCAACUUUUUCGUGUUUGCCCAUGACCAUGGUAAGUGCCUUUGGUAAAAAUUGUAUGGGGA